AUUCGCCAUGCAAGAGGCCGUAGAGGCCGCUGUGUUCGAGAUUAAAGUUUCUAUUCUUGGCGACUCAGACGUCGGUAAAACAUCGAUUGCGUCAUCGUUUAACACACAGGCUCCACUGCUUGCUCCAAAGGCAACUAUAUGUUGUGAACUGACAGUGAAACAUGUCUCCUACCCAAAUGGUGACAGGAUCAGGUACACCAUCUAUGACACCGCUGGGCAGGAGAAGUUCCAUGGUGUGAUGGCUAACUAUGUCCGCAACAUGGACGCUGUGGUCAUUGUGUAUGAUGUCACAAAUAGGGUUUCCUUUGAAAAUGUCGACAGAUGGUUGUACUUCAUCACCAACCACUUGCCGCAUGACGUCCCUGUUUUACUGGUUGGAAAUAAAAUAGAUAAAACUGAUGACAGGGAGGUUACAGAGAUGGAAGGUAAACAAAGAGCAGAGAGAUCCAAUCUUUUCUUCCUUGAGACUUCAGCUCAUACAGGGGAGAGAAUCUCCCUCAUGUUUGAACAGCUUUCCACAGCAUUGAGAGAGAAAAAACUGAAGGAAUUAUUCCAUGGAUCCAGAGUUCCACUGAGCAACAUGGCGCUGAAGUUGUCACCAGAUAAUUUAGACAGACAUCGUAGAGCGGUACAGAAGAGGCCGUGUUGUGGGACUCAAUAGACAUUUUUUUGUUUGUUUUACCUACAUAUUUGUCUGUGUAUCUACAUUUAUUAUCUGAGCAUUUACACAUUUUCUGUGUAUACCGACACAAUGUGUCUGCAUAUCUAAAUAUAUUGUCUGUGUGAUUAUAAAUUGCCUUAUACAUAUUACUGUAACAGUUCUAUUUAGAAAUUUUAAGUUGCCUUGUGAUUCUGUAGCUAAAAACUUGUAAAUACAUUUGACAACAUUGUAUCAACACCAUAACAUUUGUCAAGAAACAUAUUAUUAUCCUGUUUUCAUGAACACAUUUCAUUGUAAAAUGUUUUAUUUUUUUUGCACAGAAAUUUUUAAAUACCGCAAGCAUUCACUGUUUUUACAAGUAGAAGUGUAAAACAUAUAGGCAGUACAGUGGCUUAGCGCAGG